GCCUCCUGGAGAUGGUGGAGGAAGAAGUGAGAAGUAACAGUCAAGACACUGGCUAUACCCUCCAAAUGAGUGAGAGCCUGAGUAGCAGAGAAACCAGCUUUCUCAUCAAUGAAGAACGGACGUUCCAAAAGAGCAAACAAAGCAAAGAUUCCAUCUUCUUCCGGGAUGGGAUCAGGCAAAUCGAUUUUGUGCUUUCCUAUGUUGAUGACAUAAAGAAAGAUGCAGACAUAAAGGCGGAAAGAAGAAAAGAGUUUGAACAAAAUCUCAUAAAGUCGGGUCUUGAGUUGGAAAUUGAAGACAAAAGGGACUCAGAGGACGGAAGAACUUACUUUGUCAAGAUCCACGCCCCCUGGGAGGUGCUGGCGACCUACGCCGAAGUGCUGGGGAUCAAAAUGCCCAUCAAGGAGAGUGACAUCCCCCGCGAGCAGCACUUACCCUUUAACUGCAUGCUCGCGCCCGUGCAGCUCCCGGAGACAGUGAAGUACCCUCGUCCUGAAUAUUUCACUGUCCAGUUCAACAGACGUCGGCAGGAGCUCUUCCUCAUUGAAGACAAAGCCACAUUCUUCAAGUCCUCAUCGAGAAAUAGAAUUGUAUACUAUAUUCUUUCACGGUGUCCUUUUGGUAUAGAAGAUGGGAAAAAAAAGUUUGGGAUUGAAAGACUGCUAAAUUCUAACACUUACUCAUCUGCCUACCCACUCCAUGAUGGCCAGUAUUGGAAGCCCUCAGAGCCUCCAAAUCCUGUCAAUGAACGGCACAUACUUCAUAAGAACUGGGCUCGGUUUUCCUACUUCUAUAAGGAACAGCCUCUGGACUUGAUCAGGGAUUAUUAUGGAGAAAAAAUUGCUAUCUACUUUGUCUUUCUUGGUUUUUACACAGAGAUGCUGUUCAUUGCAGCUUUGGUUGGCUUAGCUUGCUUUAUUUAUGGCUUAUUAUCAAUGGGCAGUAACCCAAGCAGCAUGGAAAUCUGUGACCCUAACAUUGGCGGUCAGGUGAUUAUGUGUCCACUGUGUGACCAAGUGUGUGACUACUGGAGGCUGAACACCACCUGUUGGGCUUCAAAGUUCUCCCAUUUAUUUGAUAAUGAGUCAACAGUGUUCUUUGCAAUAUUCAUGGGAAUUUGGGUCACGUUGUUUUUGGAGUUUUGGAAACAGCGACAAGCCAGACUGGGGUACGAGUGGGAUCUGGUGGACUUUGAGGAGGAGCAGCAGCAGCACCAGCUGAGACCCGAGUUCGAAGCCAUGUGCAAGCACAGGAAAAUGAAUGCAGUGACAAAGGAGAUGGAACCUCACAUGCCGCUCUUUCGUCAUAUUCCAUGGUACUUCCUAUCCGGAGCCACGGUGACACUGUGGAUGGCUCUUGUUGUCACCAGCAUGGUGGCUGUGAUCGUGUACCGCCUUUCCGUUUUUGCUGCGUUUGCGAGCUUCAUGGAAAGUGAAGCAUCGUUACAGGAAGUCAAAAGAUUCUUCACUCCCCAGUUAGCCACGUCUCUCACCGGCUCCUGCUUGAACUUCAUUGUCAUCUUGAUCUUGAAUUUCUUUUAUGAAAAAAUAUCUGCAUGGAUUACAAAAAUGGAACUCCCUCGAACUUACCAGGAAUAUGAGAGCAGUCUUACCUUGAAAAUGUUCCUGUUUCAGUUUGUGAAUUUUUACUCAUCCUGCUUCUACGUAGCUUUCUUUAAAGGGAAAUUUGUAGGUUACCCUGGAAAAUACACAUAUCUGUUUAAUGUGUGGAGAAGCGAAGAGUGUGACCCUGGUGGUUGUUUAGUGGAACUGACCACACAGCUGACCAUCAUAAUGAUUGGGAAACAGAUUUUCACAAACAUUAAGGAAGCAAUUUACCCCUUCGUUUUAAAUUGGUGGAGACGUAGAAAAGCGCGGACCAACUCUGAGAAACUGUAUAGUCGUUGGGAGCAGGAUCAUGACCUUCAGUCCUUUGGACAGCUUGGGUUAUUCUACGAAUACUUAGAAACAGUGAUCCAGUUUGGCUUCGUCACACUCUUUGUGGCCUCGUUCCCGCUGGCCCCUCUCUUUGCCCUCAUGAACAACAUUGUGGAGAUCCGCGUGGACGCCUGGAAACUCACCACUCAGUACCGCAGACCUGUGGCCGCCAAAGCACACAGCAUCGGGGUCUGGCAGGACAUCCUUGCUGGCAUGGCGGUGCUUUCUGUCGCGACUAAUGCUUUUAUUGUUGCAUUUACCUCAGACAUCAUCCCCCGAUUAGUUUACUACUAUGCCUACUCUACGGAUAGCUCGCAGCCUAUGAGUGGUUAUGUCAAUAACAGCCUGUCAGUAUUCCUGACAGCCGACUUCCCAAACCACACUGUACCACUGGAUAAACGAGACUUCACCACAUGCAGGUACAGAGAUUACAGAAAUCCUCCUGCAGAUGAGAAUAAGUACCUUCAUAAUAUGCAGUUCUGGCACGUCCUUGCUGCCAAGAUGACAUUUAUCAUAAUUAUGGAACACAUCGUGUUUCUUGUCAAAUUUUUGUUGGCCUGGAUGAUCCCUGAUGUUCCAAAAGAUGUUGUGGACAGAAUCAAACGGGAAAAGCUAAUGACUGUCAGGGUUCUUCAUGAUUUUGAACUCAACAAACUAAAAGAGAAAUUGGGACUCAAUUCUAAUGAAUUUGCCAAGCAUGUCAUGAUUGAAGAAAACAAAAUGCAGCUAGCUAAAUCCACAAUUUAAUCAGCGUAACGGAGGAACAGCUGGUUGCCUGACUCUACUAUGUUUUUUUUCCUCUGGGGUUUGGGCCAGAGGCCAGAAGCCAUGUGUCAAUUUACCUUUUCUCUUUGUUUUAACUCGGAGUUUUUUAUAGACUUUUAAGAGGCCAACUUGGUGUUGUUGGAGGAGUAGCACUGUGUGCAUCGUCCGCUGAGUCCUUCCCAGAUAUUCUUUCCCAGGAUCCCUUUUGUAGAGGGCUGCCGGAAGUGCACGCAGAGUCAGACUACAGGAAGUUAUGGAGUGCACAGAAGCAAGCUUGGACCCAGACUGUGUCCCCACUUUCCAGGGCAUCUGCGCGUGUUCUUUCAUUGGUUGCUUUUCUUUCCCUCUCUUCAGAAAACAGUUUGGAGAAGGAAGAGAGCAACGAGGCCUUCUUAGUUACCUAAGUCCUGCCAUUUUAACUUAUGCAGAUGAAAAACCAAAAUCAUACAAUAUAAGAAAACGUACACAGUAAACGAUGUUGGGCAAAUGUCAUAGCAGGAGUUUAUUCUUGAAAUUUUCUGGUACAAGUUAAACUUCUUUCUGAAUCCCAGAUAACUCUUCAAGAGACUACGCGUUUGAGUUUUAACAAAGGGUAACAUCAGGAUUGCUAAGGAUAGUAUGCUGGUAACAGUAUUUUUCAACAUUUGUGGUUAUCUGUGGAAGAUGCUCUUGUGAAGAAGUUAGACUACAUCAGGUCUUCCGGCAAAUGGCAAGUCUGAUGUAGAAGUAAAUGUGUUUUCUUAGUUAAGAAUUCAAGACAAUACAUUUUGAUUAAUUUAUUCACUUUGGAAAGUUGUUGAGUUUUGGAAAUUAGUUUUUUUUCUGUAAUGCCUAUUUUGUAUCAGGAAGCCUUUCUAAGCACUACAUGUAUAAGUUAGAUAAGAGUUCUUUAUGAAAUGGGACAUCUUUGCUUUGAAGAGAUUCCAAAUCUUUGAAUAAGUUUACAACCUCUUCAUAGUGAUGCAUCUCCUUAUACAAUCUCAGUGCCUUCUCACUAUGCCUGUGACACGCAACAAAUGUUAGUGCUGAUUGUUCAUUUGAGAAGAUGUAACAUCAAAUGCUAGAGCAACUGAUGGCAUAAAAACCAUCACUGAAAAACUCAAGUACCAAAAAUGUGAUGAAUUUUAUAGUUCACUAAAAAAAUGUAUUUCUUGAAUUAUUCCUCUCAAAUUUGAGCCUAUAGACACGUUAUACAAUCCAAUUAUAAAGUGUUUGACUACCAAGUUUCAAAUUGGAAUUUAAUUCCAAAGGAAAAGUGGAUGGACUGUUGUAUCACACACAUCCAAAGAAAUUUUAUGACAAGGAUUUCUAAGCUAGCAUUUCUUUAUCUUAUCCUAAUCAAAUUUACGGGACUGUCAAUAUUUAAUAUAUGACAAACAGUCUUAACUGCUGGUCAGUAUUCAAUAUUUAGAACUAAGGGUGAUUUAGAUUAUAAAACUAUGAGACCGUUACCCUAGUAUGGCCAGUACUGGUUUGUCAAGUACUGCUUAGAUUUUAUGAAAAAUUUUCUGGGAUGAAGUGAUCUGCUGAUGGAAAUAGGGUUUCAAAUACAUGGAAGAUGUGUUCCUGCUUGUGAAACCAGUCAGUUACCAUGAAGUAAGCCCCAGCACAGCAUCACUGGGCUGAGGAAUCAGUCAGUAUGAUGCCUCCAUCACACAUCACACUCAGCUCACUGUGCUUCCUCCUCGGUGCUGAUAAGAAUAAGAACAGGGAAUUUGGGUUCUUGGAUAUACACAUUAAUUUGUAUGGUUCAAAAGUAUUUAUGGGGCUAGAUCACAGAUAAAAGCAAAUUUAACUGAGUUAUUUGCACACCACAAUUUAAAACAAGCCAAGAGUUAGGUUUCUAGACCAUGUACUAGUAAAGGAGGAAAUUAUUUUUAAGAUAAAUAGGUAAUUCUUAUGAUUGAUUGGUAAUAUCCUUUUAAGAUGUCCUUGACAAAUACUCUAUAUUCAUCUUGUGAUUUCCUGUUGAGAGCUUCUCCAUGUUUUGUCAAUUACACAACAAAACACUGGCAUUAUCGUUUUGAAAGUAUUAUAACCAAAGUCAGGAGCCAGAUUUAUGUAGAUAGAUUGUUUCUUCUUCUAAAAUCCGUUGACUAUUACAGGAGGAUUCAGUUACCAGCAUCUGGUCAUCAGAUGCCAGUUGAUACCAGCAUGGUGAUUGUUUUCUCCUCCAAUCAAAACCAGAAUUUUUUUCCUAGAAAUGUUCCGGGGAACACUUGAGAUCUUCUAUGACAAAAUUUUAAGUGCCCAAACCAAAAGAACACAUUACUUUUUUCAGAUAUCUUCUCUCAUCCUUGUGCUCAUCGACUUUGCUAGAUCAUUUUAGAGAGCUCCAUCCAGAAGAGACUGAUGUAAUUAGGUAAAAUGUCACCUUCAUUCUGCUGCAUCUCUUGAUGUGGCUUUAGUGAUCUUUGAGCCAAGCUAAUGCGAGUUACCAAAGAGAAGAAGGGAAUUAAAAUGGGGAGAAAAGUGCCAUGCUGGGACUGGUACAAACUCUGUGUGGGAGUAAUCAUGUGCCCCCCACUGGCCAUCUAGUGAGGACGACAGAAAAGCCAGACAGACUUCAAGCUUAGAACUAGGAUGUGUCCAAAAUAAUAUUCAUUCCCAAGUGCUUUUGUAAUUUCGGAUACAGUUAGUAGUCAUGCUUCUCUGUUGAUGAACUCCAGUUGAAGGUAAAGAGUUUGUACUGUUUAUUCAACAGGGAAUCUCAUGUUUUGAAAGAAGGUCUUUCAUACUUGUUUUAACUGGUAAUAAUUAUGCUGCAAUUAAAGGGCGUUAUUGAGAAAGACAGCAAUGCAAGAAUAUUAUUGCCCAGGCUUAGAAGUCUACCACAAGGAAUCACUGUGACUAUUGUGUUAUCCUUUUUCUAAAGAAAUUUUUCCUACUCAACUUUUAUGCAUAAUGAUUUAAGUAUGAUAGUUACUCUAGCAUUAUGUAAAAUUAAAGAGAGUGACAAAAAUGUAAUAGCACAGUUCCAUGUUGUGAGAUAUGUGUUUCUGAAAUUUUUGACUAGACAGAUCUUUCCUAUAUGUGAGAUUGUGUAACUGACCCAGGAAGUAUGUGUUCUGUUCUGUAUUUUCUUUCUUCCUUCUGUUUUUCUUUUGAAAGAGGGAUACAGGCUUGCAGGGAAAGUGACUUGAGGAAUAUGUCCUUAUAUAACAAGGAGUUCAGUCAGUGAAUAAAGUAAUAAUUUUAAACUACAUUUUGACAUACACUCAUUUAUUCUUAAAGCCAAAUGCUGAUACAAUUCUUCAGAGCUUGCCUAUUUAAAAGAGUUUUUAAAAUCACUUUUGUUGUUUAGAGACAUUAAAAUACACAUCCACAUAUAGCACAGUUAGCCCAGAAAAUUACAGAUUUGACAAAAUAGAGUUAUAGAGCCGUUUCUGUUGCAUGGCACAGAAAAACUGGAAAGGGUGGUAGUUUGUGUUCUAUUGUUUCUUUGCUUUUUUUCUGCUUUGGAAGAUGAUGAUGAACAGAAAGAUGCAUGAAGAAAAAUAGUAUGCUGAAAUAAUUUUCAAUGGUUUACUAGUACUACCUUUGCCCAAAGCAGUCCCCAGUCACCUUCACUGAAACCGUCUGGACAGCUUGUUAGGAAUGCACAGCUGGGCCCUGUCUCAUCUCUCUAGAAGCAGAGUCCCUGGGACAGAAUCUUUCACAAUCUCCAGCAUUCAAUGUGUGAGGUGAUGAAAAUUUCUUAAAUGAUAAAUUGCCUAAAUGAAAGCAUUGCUAUGGGGACUUGCAAAUGUUAAUUUAUCAUUCUAGCUCAUUACGGAAUGACGUCGAGGCAAGUACAGUGCGGCCUUCCAAAUUUUUAGAAAUGCUGUAAUCGUGUGGCAUGAACAAAUUCUUGAAACCUUACUGCCUAAGAGUUUCCACUUAUUAAAAGAAGAUCACGUUACAUGUAUUUUCUCUUCCCGAUUUAUUUAAGAGAAGAAAAAUGCAGACUGAUGAGAAUUUAAGGCGAAUCCAUCACAUCCUAAAUAUUUUAUAGAACAGAUUAUAGUAUAGGAUUUAAUCAGCAAAGACAAACUGCUGUGAAUAUUAUAAGGGGAAUGGGGAUUGUCAGAGGGAACCAGCCUUUCGGAGUCGGAAAAGAUCUGGGGAGCAAUGGUCUGGAGAGAAGGAAAGUCAGAGGGAACACACCUUGAGCCCGCUGAAGCACCGCUGUGAGUGGACAAAUUAUAGCCAGGGAGCUCCCGAGCGCUGAAGGACUGGGACAGAGCGCUCCACGGAAAGGUACGAUUUUUCUUUUUCUUUUUCUUUUUUUUUUGGUACCGGGGAUUGAACUCGGGUCCUUGCGCUUGCAAAGCAGACCACCGAACCGCUGAGCUAAAUCCCCGGCCCUAGGUACGAUUUUUCUAUACCUCUCGCUGCUGCCGAUGUGCACCUAUGUUCUGCUCAUGGCCUUGGGUGACAACAAGCGGACGCAGAGUGAGGACGGCCCACAGCCCACCGGCUGUCUUUCCUUGUUGAUCCUCUAAGACCUUCAGAAAAAAGUGGCUGCUGUAAGCAUCUUUGGCAAACGUAACCUGACCUCACAGAGGGAAGAGACUUUCACUAAGUUGGCACAGCACCAGCUGCCUUAUAGACCCAAAACAAAGUAAGCCAGCGUUAGCAGCCCUUUGAACAGCAUGAUUGGCAAAAGAGACUUAAUUUACCUUCAUGAAACCUACUCGAAAAUGAAGACUAGAAAUGUCCUUUCAAGCACAUUCUCAAUAUUUACAAGACUGGAUUAAAUACCAAGUCAUAAAAGCAAA